AUGGAUUGUAGAAAAUUUGAAAUAACUCUAAUAUCAGCAAGUGAUCUUGAAGAUGUUCGUAAGCUAUUCAAGAUGAAAGUUCAUGCUAGGGUUUCCAUAGGUAGCAACCCUAACACCGAAAAACGGUCCCCAACGGACAAGCAUGGGGAGAUAAAUCCGGCAUGGAACUUUAGUAUGAAGUAUACAAUCUCAGAGUGGAUGAUUCAGUAUCCAAAUGACAUGUUAGUGAUUAAGUUAUACUGCAAGAGGAAGCUCGGAGAUCGAUAUAUCGGUGAAGUUCAUAUGUCUAUGAAGGAGCUAUACGAGUAUUCGUAUGCUAGUGGAGGUAGUGCUAUCAUGACUUGUCCUGUACAUAAGGGUUGCGCUCAAUCUCAAGGUGUUUUGAGGUUUUCGUAUAGGUUUGGUGAAAGAGUUACCAUUGAUAAGUUAGUCUUGGCUGAGAGCAUUGCUGGUUGGAGUAUGUGUUAA